AUGGCUAUCAAAUCAUUGGAGCUGUACUUGUUUGAACGCGGAUUAGUUGGUACUUAUCCACUAGAAGCAUUGAAAAAUAGUACUGUAGGGAUUGAUGUUGGUCAUUACGUUUCUAGGUUAUUAUCUGCAAAGAAAGAACAAUAUUUAGACGCCGUUGGUGGAUUUCCAACUACGUUGAAUUUAUUUUUAGAGAGCGAUUUAAAAGUAUUUGAAGAAUUUAAUAUCACACCUAUUUUCAUCUUUGAAGGUUCUCUUUCUCAAAAUAAUUUAAUUAAUUCGGGCCAUUUUAAUGCUAAUGGCAAUGUAAAUUCUCUGGAUUCUAUGGAUCAAAAUAAUAGCGGUCCAGUUGGUACUAGUACCAAUGCUGCUACUGCUACUACAACUGCUGGUAGUGGAAGUAGUAGAGAAAGUGGUGGUAAUAGUGAUAAAGAUAUUGCAUUAGCUCAAAGAAACAAAGCUUGGACUCAAUGGAAAAAUAUGAUCUCUGCAAAUCAACCUACAUAUAUUGAUCAGCCUCCAGUACCACAUGAACCAUUUCGUUAUCAUACUACAGUUGAUUCGCAUCGUUAUCAAGCAGGCUUAAUUCAAUAUUUUAUUAAGCAUGAUAUUCAUUAUCAAGUCGCACCAUUUGCUGCUUGGUCUCAACUAGCUUAUCUUUAUAAGCAAGGUUUUAUUGAUACAAUUUUUGGUCCAACUGAUUGUUUAAUGCUUAGUGAAGUAGAUAGAUUUAUCCUUGGAAUGGAAUUCCCAAAUAAAGAUUUUAGAUAUAUUGAUAAAAAUCGUGUAUUAAAAGAAUUUGGAAUCUCUUUAAAAGAAUUUGUUGAUAUUUCUAUGACAGUUGGUAAUACUUUACAACCAACUACUUUACCACCUUUACAAAUUUAUCCAAGUAAUAAACUAUUUGAAAUUGCUUUAGAAAUGGUUUUAAAUUCAGGCACAAAUUUUUAUCUUUAUCAAUUAGGUAAUGAAGUCGAUUCAACUACACAUUCUUAUUUAGAACAAUUUCAAAGAGCUGUAUCUCAUUUGAAAUAUAUGCCAGUAUUGAAGGAUUCCGGGAAAGUCGAACUUUAUAUUAAUGAUUUUGAACAUAUUAAUCACCAUCAUUCUAAUGGUAAAUCUUCACAAAAUAUUGAAAAUGAUAAUGAACAACAAGAUAAUAAAAAACUUGAAACAUCAACAAGUUUACCUAUACCUAAUGAUGUUCAUGAUUUCAUUACCCAAAGAUUACCAAAUGAAUAUUAUUUUUAUAAAUCCCUUGGUUUAGUGUCAGGUAAAUUAUUGGAUGCUAUUACUACUGGUGUAUACCCAGAGGAGGCACCUUUGGAUGGUGGAGCCUCGAAUUCUUAUAGAAAAUUAGUUACUGACUCAGUCGCUAUUUUCAAGGACAAAGAAUUAAAUUUAUUAACUCAAUCAAUUAAUAGAUAUUUUCAAAUGAAACCAAUCAAACAAGUGAAAUGGUUUGCUAGUGGUGAUAGCACUACUUUAUUAAAUAGAACCACACCAUCAAUAUUUGAUAAACUAAAUCAUUUAAUUAUUAAGACUGGAGAUGGUGAAAAGAAAAAAUUCACUAUCAAUUCAUUUAUUAAAUUAUUGAAUAAUUCUUCUGAUUUGGUUAAGGAUUUUAUCUCUAACGAUGUAUUGUUUCCAAAUUCUGUUCCAUUAGAGAAAAAAUUAAAUAGUUCAUUUGAUUUAUUGGCUACUGCUUUACUAAGAUCAUUAGUUCAAUUGGAAUUUUUCCAAUAUGACUUUGAUAAGAAGAUUUUAAAACCAACUCAAUGGGGUGAUAUUUUAUUAAAAUUCAAUAGUUUACAAAUUGAACCAGAAUUCCAAGAAAAUUUAUUAAUUCUAUUAGUAUUUUUAAAGACAAAUGUCUUAACUUUGGGUGAAGAAUUCCAACCUUCAAUUAACUCCGCAUUAUCUGAUCAUACAUUGCGUACCUAUCCACAAGAGUCCAAUGAUAUUUUAUUAUUAACAAGAGUAUUAACAUUGUAUCAAGUUAAACAAAAACCUGCAAGUUAUCAUGGUCCGAUUGAUAAGAAGACACUUGCAUUUAGAGAUCAUUUAGAUUUUGUCAGAGAGAAUAUGAACGAUAUGUUUGAAGCUAUCCUAGUUUCAUCUUUAACUGCAAAUGAGUUUAACAAAUUGAAAUAUGAUAAUUAUGAUUGGCAAAGAGAGAUUGUUGCAAAGCUGCCUUUUAAAUUAGAAUUGCCAAAUAUUCUAAUGGCAAUGAUGUGGCAAUUUUUCUUACAAAAGUAUUUGCAUAAUGGGAACUCUAAGAGUGACGCCAUGACUUUAGUCAAUAACGUAUUCAACACCUUCAACACGAUUACAAAACUUGAAGAACAAUUUGAUACUUCUUUUAAGUAUUUGGAACAAUGCAGCAAAUUGUUUAAGGAAGUUGCAGGUGCAAGAUUAAUGAAAAAUAAUGAAGCUACUGCUUUUGAAAACGCCGUCACAUUAUGUAAAAAUGCUUUAGUUGAGAAUUAG